AACCUCGAAACCUUCUAGAGGUCAGGUCAGGGGUUCGAAUCCCGGCGUAGGCGAGCUUUUCUUGCAAAGUGAGUUUUUCUCUCGCUUCGGCUCCUGGCCUAGAGGAUAGCGCUAGUUCGUGUGUACACAGAGGGAAGAGAGUGCUGAACUCUUCUCGCAUUAAAAAUCGAAGGCAGAGUACCGCAGGAGGAGAGGGUAGAGAGGGGCUCUUCUGUGUGACCACGGGUUGGAGUAAAUCUAGUGCCGUGAGCGCUGAUUUGAAUCGAAGACAAAAAAAAAUGUUUUCCAACAUUGUCCCCCCUAUUUUAUGGCUACCCUCAUCCCCGGGGUUUCAGUACGAACGGCGACAGCGGCCAGAUGACGCAACCGUCUUGAUUAUUCAUUACUCAGUCGUCAACUCCAGCGAACUGCGUUCACGAACUAGAAGACUCGAUUCCCCGCACAAGAUCCCCGUCUGAUCGCCCCACACGGCACGUGCCCCACUGUCCGAACGAGAACACGGAGUCGGGAGAGAGAAGCAGCAGCAGCAGCAGCAGGCGCCCUAUCUCUGCGCAAGACCGAGAGGCAAACGGGGGAAACGGGGAAAAAAAGGGUUCGGACUCGAGGGUCUGUUUCGGAACGAGAGAUGGCGAUGAACUGCUGAUUUGCCCUCGAGCUUUCCAGAGACGAUGUGGAGCCAAAGCGCAAGGCGAAGAAAACAAAUCUUCCUCUGAUCCAGGACAGGACCAGGUGUAUCUAAAUUUGUACAAGGGGGGCAGCAAGGACGACCAACAACAACAGCAGCGGGAUAAUAGUAAAUUUGAAAAGUAGUGGAUUGAAAAGAAGGGAAAAAGGAGGAGCAACCGCAGGUCUCGGGUAAGAGGAGCAACAGCAGCAGUUUCUCAAGUUGGAGCAGGAGCAACAAGGAUGGCGUUCUCGAGGGCAGCUCUUGCCGCGGCCGCGGUGGUGGUCCUGGUCGCACCAGAGCCGGCGUGCGCCUUCAGCGUCGGGCCCGGUGUCGGCUCUGUACGAAACCUUCGCUCGGCGACAAGGAGGGGGACGACUUUGCCGCCAAAGCGAACGGGGGAGUCAAGCCCGACCUCGCUGUCUUCGUCGUACGUGGUCAAGCCGGAGAUGGCGCGGUGCAGAGCGACGCAGUGGAGGAAGCUGAGGACGCGCGGGCCAGGCUUCGGAGAGAAGGUGCGAAGGUCGAAAGCAGACCCUGACCUAUCACAAAAGCUGUCAGAUGGGCUGUCGUACCUCAACGCCGACGAGAUGGAGGAGGUGCAGCAGGCGCUAGCCAUGUCCAUCUACGCACACUCCGUGAACUCAAGGCGGGCUGGAAGCGGAUACAAGGCUGUCAAGACUGGUGUCGAGGCGUGUCUCAUCCUGGGCGAGCUGCAGGUGGGCACGGAUGCGCUUCUGGCGGCUAUCCUGUCGGGCGUGCUGAGGCCCAGAGCGCAGUCGAAGGAGUUUGGCCAGGCCGCGGUGACGGUGGCAGACAUCGAGGAGGGAUUCGGUGCCCGCGUGGCUAGGUCGGUUGAGAACUUUGACCACGUCAUGCGGCUGGAGGAGAUGGCGCGCCGGCGCAUGAGCAGGCGCGCGGCGGAAGACGUUGACGACGAAGCCGACCUCGACACCGGCAAGAAGCAGCGUCACUACCUGCGAGAGCUCAUCAUCUCGGAGGCUAGUGACUGGCAGGUCCUCACCCUAUACCUCGCGGUGCACAUGCAGAAGCUGCGCUCUGCCAUUGCCGGCAGGGCCAACAACGCGACCCGGCUUGCCCGCGAUGCGCUAGAGAUCCACGCCCCUCUGGCCCACCGCUUGGGUGUCCACCACCUCAGCGGGGGGCUGGAAGACCUCGCUUUCGAGGCGCUGUAUCCGACGGAGUACGAGGAGAUCCGCCGCGCUACCGAGGCCAGGAUGUCGGUGUACCAAGAGGUGAUGGAGACUGCGAAGAGCGCGGUGUCGGCGGCUUUGCGGAAGGACAAGACCUUCAUGUCUGAGCUGGCCGGGGAGGUUGUGCUCCAGCACCGCAUCAAGGAGCCGUAUUCGAUGUGGAAGAAGAUGACGCGGCAAGGCGGGGGUGUAGACGGCGUCUACGAUGCGGUCGCCCUUCGUGCGGUGCUCAAGGCCAAGAGGCUGCCAGGGGAGACCGAGGAGGACCACGAGGAGAGAUCCAAGCAGCUCUGCUAUCACGCGAUGUCGGUGGCCAAGAAGAUGUACCCGUCGGUAGAAGGCCGCUGCAAGGACUACGUUAUGCGCCCCAAGCCUAACGGCUACCAGAGCCUCCACAGCACCCACGAGGUGUCCGUGUCUCCGGCGGCGGCGGCCUCGGCGGGCGGAGAACGCCGCACGCACUUCGAACUCCAGGUGCGGAGCGCGUCCAUGCACCACAAGGCGGAGUACGGGCACGCUGCCCACUGGAGCUACAAGAGCGACGACGGCGGCGCUAAGGCCGGAGGAGUAGGAGAGAGGAGAUCGUGGAGGUCUUACGAUCGGCUGAAGGCGGCGGGUGCACGGCGGACGGGAAUUGACAGUCCCGCCACCGCCGUCCCCGACAGCGUGUCUUCCGGGAAGGAGCUGGUGACGUGGUUGCACCUCGAGCUCCGACAGCGCAAGGUGUUCGUGUUCGGUCCCGACAAUCUCAUCUGGGAGCUCGACAAGGCGUCCGCUACUGCGGAGAACGUCCUCGGCCGCUCCCACGCGGCAGGCAUCCGCCUCAUCGACGGUGGCGCCGCGGGUGGCAAGAAAGGCAUCACCCUCGUCAACGGGAAGGCCGUGCCGAGGCACUACGCCUUCAAGAACGGUGACGUGCUGGACCUCGACCUCGCCAUGGCGUGAUAUGAUCGGUCAAAACUCUUGAUGUGGUAACCCGUGACUGUUUUUGAGGGAAGGAGAGGGUCAUGGAUCGACUGAUUGAGAAUUGCCUUGGGGCAAGAACCGUGUCCAGUGGGGGGAGAGUGAGAGUUGACAGGAUCGAACGACGGGACAUAUUUUUUGUCGGAGGCGGCGGAAGGACGUCCGUCCUUGACUCCCUUGUUGGAUAUGUUGCGUUCUCUUCGGCAGCCAUUGGAUUGGUUUCGACGUGGCUGGGUAGGGCGGUUUACGUACGAUGCCGGUCGAGUCGUGGCAAAUAUUCUUGCUUGGCCUUGGCCGGACCGGGGCGUGUUGUGUCCGCCCGACGUGGCGCAGCGUUGUACAUAAAAGAACGAAAGAAAGCGCAGCCCUAGUUGAUAGUGUGACGAAAAACGUGGUUUACGCGUCCUUGGGCAAGGGCUGUGGAAACAGCCGCUGUGAAUGACGGGUGUAAUGUCCUAUUCUUGUUGUCGGCAACACAGCUAGCGACACUGGUGUAUAUAAGCGAGCUUGUUUGCUGUUGUAUAUUUACUCGUGUUUGUGGUGCGGCCUCUCCUAGUCUAUUGUAAAUAAAAGUUGUGCGGCGCGGUGUUGGUUUUUUCCGAUGAUCGCACGUGGCCGAGAGGUACUGCCGGGGCGUUGUCCCGCAGAUGGUUAAAAGGGGCGGGGGGGGGGGACUUGUAGGGCGCAGAGUGGGAGGAUGGAUGUGUCUUGUGCUCGUUGCAGCCCUACCUUAAUCCUCUCCUUGUCGACCUAUAAAAACGAAACAAAGAGCGUCUGGUUAUGCAUAGUACUAGCUGUAUCGUGUACGUUGAAUUGCGCUAUCCACUCCAAUGAGUGUCAGGCAAUUCUAGGUGCAACAACACCGAUGUCUAUAUGUUGCCGUUUUGGUGGGCGAUUAGCAUGUGUCUGGAUGUGGACAGCGAGGGGAGAGGUUUGGUCUAUCAUGAUGGCAGGCCUCCCGACUUUUUUUUAUUUUCGUGGUGGUAAGGUAAGGCUAUGAAGUCACGCCCUCGCCGAGGGCGGCGGCUUGAACAGCCAGUGUCGUGUGUUCCUUUGGGUAUCAUAAGUGAGGCGUUCUCAGGAAAUGGGGAGACCAUUGCCGUGGUGCCAACGGUUUGGUAUUAAACGUUGCUGAUUGUUGCUUGUCUGUUGAGGGAGCGCGGAGGAGGUUUUUGGGGAUAUUCUCCGAAUUGGAAGCAAUAUGCUCGGACGGGAUGGAAGGAAGGAUGGGCAGAAGACACACCAGAGCGACGAAGAAAGUGGCGUUUACCGAAUGAGGGCCUCGUACAUAGCGGUGUAUCAUUGUGGUGUAUCGCAAAAUCUGUUGUAGCAUACAGGCUUUAAUACGGGCGAGCGUGCAUUAAAUGCUCGUCCCCCGUACCCCCCACCCCAUUCGCAGGGACCCGUGUCCCUUAUCUUGUGUUGGGUGCGGCCCAUUUUCGUGUACCUAAUUGUAACAGUGGUACAGAGAGGGCAGUGGGUGUUAAGUUGCCGAUGCACGCGGCAAAGCGGCGCAUGAGGAACAUGUCGAAAGCUAUUUCGAGGAGUUGGUGUACGUCACUCGUCUUUGUCAGUGUACUGUAUGGUUCGAAGCACUCGCGAAGUUUCGUGAUGAGCAAAUUGUCAUGCCGUUGUUGUCUAGUUUCAAGGUGAUGUUUGUAGGCCACGAAAUGUUUCCAACAGGACUGCCGAAAGGAGGCUGAUGGCUGUAAAGAAGCUUGAGAUCAAAUCUUGGCGGUUGGGUUGUGAUUCCCCUUCUUUCUUUUUUUUUAGCCUAAUGGGGGUAGUAGCAGGGAGUACGGGUCGAUAUGUGUGUGCUGGACGCACCGCCUGCUGAAAAGGGGUACUUCCAGCAGUUGUUCUGCAGCAAGUUGAUGGAGGGUGAGAGGGGCUCCGGCUCCGCGAAAAGGGGCAGAUUGUUGUGGGCUUUGUGUUGUUUGUGGUGUAUCGUGUGCGAUUUUUUUGUUGUUCUGCGUGGAGAUUUUGGAUGAUAGCGAGAGAGGGGAUUUUGGACGGGAGGGUACGGAGGGGAGGUCAAUCAACAGCGAAAACGAGAAGGGUUGGAAUAGCAUAGCAUAGUUGACGUGAUGCAAGGAAAGGCGUUUGUUUGGCCUUCGGUGCAGGACGAAAAAGGGCCAGAGAGAAAAAUGUCCGACCAAGAUGUCCGGAUACGAAAAGUUGUUGUCGCUUGUCGCUGUCGUCCUCUAGUUCCCGGGUGUUGCGCCAGGGCUAUAGGAUAGAGGAUGGGUCUGAGAAGCACAGCCACCGUGUUUUCAGUUUUCAAAGUGGCUCUUAGAGCUCGACGACAAAGGACGCUGCGUCAAGGAGAAACGAGCUGGGCUGCUGAUGACGGGCGAUGGACGGAAAGAAGGAAGGCGUGGGUGACUUGUAGUAGGCCGUCAAGGGCUCCCACCUGAUUGCUCGGCGAAGACCCAUGGGUUACGACAUGCACGGAAAUACAAAUGAGAAUGUAUUAUCAUUGCUUCGGCAACAAGCGGUCCCAUGUUGAGUGUGUCCCUGCGAUAGUGCCAGUAGAUGAUUCGGAUUUCCUUGUCGGCACAAGUCAUUUCCAUAUAUCCACGGGAUGUGUGCGUGCAGGGAAGGCUGUUGUACAUGUCUGGUUCUUCACUGGUUGAGCGUGACAGACAAAUCCCACCGUAUGCGCAGGUGGACCACACGUAUCAUUUCGCCGUCUACACUACACUAGCAGUGGCCCCCGCAUACCGUCGCAUAGCGCCGACCAUUCGAGUCAUGUAACAGCUUU